AUGGAGCUCGGUGCACUGCGGUCAGGCCUGCGCGCCGCAAUUGCCUCGUUCCGCCAACCCGCCACAAGGAGGUUCCCCAUCUCACAACCACAAUUCCGCCGUCUGGCCUCGACCACCUCAGACACUCCGCUGGGCGACAUCCGCGCUGCCCCUCCAAUCGACUUCGGCUCCAACGACAAUGCCGCCGCCGCCGAAGAGAAGGCCGAAGAUGAUGACCUCGAGGGUGGCCGCAGCAUCGCUGCCUACGCCGCCAUGAUGGACCGUCUGCGCAUCGUCCCCGCCUCGCCCUCAUACUUUACCGGCAAGCCCGACUUCACCGACGACCUGCUGAACCUCGAGAAUCUGCUGCGCAAGUACCAGACGCUGCCCGUUCUGCCCACUGGACAUGCUCCCCGCGUUGCAUGGAAGACUCUGGCCCAGUACAAGGUCAACAGCAACGAGCCCGUCAAGGCCGCUCGUUACACAAAGAUUCUGCAGGUCCUGCAACGAUUGAACUACAUCCACCCCAACCUCAUGCCCGACGACGUCGCGACUGCCCUUCGACGCUACAUGCGUGAUGUUCAGCCCUUCCACAACCAGCCCAAGCCUGGUGUUGUCGACGAAUACGGCCGCGCUAGAGGUGUCGGCAGGAGAAAGAGCAGCAACGCUGUUGCGCUCCUGGUAGAAGGAGAGGGUGAGGUUAUGAUCAACGGAAAGCCCUUGACUCAAGCCUUUGGUCGUCUGCACGACCGUGAGAGUGCCCUCUGGGCCCUCAAGGUAACAGAGCGCAUGGACAAGUACAACGUCUGGUGCGUUGCUAGAGGAGGAGGCACUACCGGCCAGGCUGAUGCCAUUGCCCUGGCCGUGUCCAAGGCUUUGAUGGUUCACGAGCCGUUGCUCAAGCCCGCUUUGAGGAGAGGUAUGUUGAAUUUGAGAUCUGUAUUGACAUGCCAGAGCAGUGCUGACUUUACUUUACANGCUGGUGUUGUCACAAGAGACCCGCGUCGUGUCGAGAGAAAGAAGCCCGGAAAGCUCAAGGCCCGCAAGAUGCCUGCCUGGGUCAAGCGUUGA